AUGGCACCAGAAAGAAAAGUAGCCUUAAUCACAGGUACCAAUAGUAACCUUGGUUUAAACAUCGCCUACAGAUUAAUUGAAGCACAACCUUCAGAAACAAGGCUCACCAUAAUUGUCACAUCCAGAACUCUUCCAAGAGCUCGUGAAGUUAUUGAUAGCAUAAAUGAAUUCGUAAAGAAAUCGGAAAGAGCAGGUAUAGUGGAUUUUGACUACCUAUUGGUGGACUUUACCGAUAUGGUUUCCAUUCUCAGUGCAGCAUAUGAUUUAAAUCAAAGAUAUAAGGCAAUUGAUUAUUUCUUUGCAAAUUCUGCACAAGGUGUUUAUGAUGGUAUAGAUUGGGUUGGUGCUGCUAAAGAACUAAUACGUGACCCAAUCGCUGGUGCCACUGAUCCACAUUACAAGAUUCAAAGAGUUGGAGUGAAAUCAAAAGAUGGAAUGGGAUUAGUUUUCCAAUGUAAUGUCUUUGGUCCUUAUUAUUUAAUUCAUAAAAUAUUACCAUUAUUACAAAAGGCUAAAGCUAGAAUCGUUUGGGUUUCAAGUAUCAUGUCACAUAGUAAAUAUUUAUCAUUUGAUGAUUUACAAUUAUUGAAAAGUGAUGCGUCUUAUGAAGGUUCCAAAAGAUCGAUUGAUUUACUUCAUAUAGCCACUUUCAAGAAAAUGAGAGAUUUAGGAAUCACACAAUAUUUGAUUCAACCAGGUAUUUUCACUAGUUUAUCAUUUUUCAAGUUUUUAAACGUUUUCACCUAUUAUGGUAUGUUAUUUAUUUUCUACGUUGCAAGAUUUUUAGGGUCACCAUGGGUCAAUAUAUCAGGUUAUACAGCUGCAAAUGCACCAGUAUAUGCAGCAACUUUAGCAAACUCAAAUUUUGAAAGACAGGAUGUUAAAUAUGGAUCAGCUUGUUAUAGAGAUGGAAGUGAAUAUAUUAAAAUUCAAGAUGUUGAUCCAACUGGCGCACAAGAUGUUUUGGAUUACCUAGAUACUUUGACAAAAGAAUGGGAUGAGAAGUUAAAAGAUCAAAUUACAAAUUCUAGACAGCCUUAG